AUGGGUGGUACUCCGGCCAACACAGAGAACGCAGCUCCAAGCUUGGAGCGCCAACUGCUGCGUGCAUUUUCUUUGUCUUCCUCGACAUCCGGUGAGUCUCAAAGCUCAGCCAGUUCCAUAACGGGAGACACUACCGAAGACGACACCCACCCAAGGGACACCAAUUCCCGGCCAGGAGACAGACAAGCAGGAGUGAAACGACAGCGUACUUCAAAUGAAGGUGACAGUCUACAUCGUGAUCAAGACGAUUUAGAUGUCCCCGCUCCGUCCGAUGGACUUGAGAUGUGCGACACGCGGGUCUUUCGAUGCCUUGUAAAUCUCAUCAUCUGUGUCAGACGUAUGGAGCGACAAGCUCGGGACCAAAGCUAUCCAAGUCAUUUUGUAGCCAACGAGAUAGAGAAUUUGACGGUUCGGCUGGCCGCUAUUGAGUCGGCGGCACAGAAAAUGGCAAAAGAGACAGAUGAGGGCAGGUGA